AUGUAGAAUAACACACUGAUUAGUGUAAUAUAUUAAGAAUAAUUUCUAAAAGAAACCAUCCAAAGUAAAAGUUCUGAGAAUAGAGUUGAUAUAUGCAUUAUUUUCAGAACGUACAUAUUUUCUAUAAGAAACUUAAUUAUUAAUUUUAUAAUUAAUUUAUUAUAUGGCUAAGAGAAAAACUGUUAAACGAGCAUAAAAAUCUCAUAAACAUCUAUUUUCAAAGAACAAAAAGAUAAAUAAGUCAUAGAGAGAGUAAAAUAAAAUUCCUGGAACAAAAAUAUUUCAUUUACUCAUAAUUUAAAUAAUUUGGUGAUGAAUACAGGUUAUUAGAUUAAUCAAAAAAUAACUAUUGAAUUAAAACAAAAGGAACAAGCUCCAUAACAAUACAAAGAAGCAGAGAAAUUUCUAUUGAUUAAAUAAAAGAAUUGCAGAGAUAGGCAAAAGCAAAUUACCAUAAGAAGAGGUUGA